AUGUCUGAGCGCACUGUCCUUAUCACCGGCGCUACCGGCCUCCUGGGUCGUGAGGUCGCUACAACGUUCGGCCUCAAGAAUUGGAAUGUCAAAGGCACAGGCUAUUCUCGUGCAGAUGGAAUCAAUACUUUCAAGGUCAAUUUAAGCAACGAGACGGAAGUGGGAGAGUUUCUGGAUGAGACCAAACCACAGGUUAUUGUCCAUUGUGCUGCUCAACGGUUCCCAGACAAGGUCGACAAAGACCCCGAAGGUGCCCGUGAACUCAACGUCGCUGCGAGCAAGGCACUCGCUAAGCUGGCCGCGGAUAGAGACAUCUUUGUCAUAUAUAUAUCAACCGACUACGUGUUCCCUGGCACGCCGGGGGAUGCUCCAUAUGAAGCCAACGCCAAGCCUCAACCGACCAACCUUUAUGGCCAAACGAAGCUGGACGGUGAGCGAGCCGUCUUAGACACGCUGAAGCUUGUUGGAAAGGAGGGCCUAGGUGUCGUUCUUCGAGUUCCUGUCCUUUAUGGGAACGCUGAAACGCCAGCCGAGAGUGCGGUCAAUGUUCUUAUGGAUGCACUAUGGAAGGCACAGACGCAGGGAGCUGAAAUUAGCAUGGACCACUGGGCAAUUCGCUAUCCUACGAACACAGAAGACAUCGGUUUCAAAACCACGGUGUCAUUUGGACGAGUCUUGCCAAAACUCUUCGAAGGUAAACAAGUGCGCAACAAGAUUUCGCUGACAUUAAGCACAGAUAUUUCUGUCAAGUACCUCGACACUCCAACUGAGGAGCGAUCUUGUCUUCCUCAAAUUCUCCAGUUUUCCUCUGAGGAUCGAAUGACGAAGUAUGAGAUAGUGACACUAUUUGCUGAGAUAAUGGGCCUGUCAACGGAAGGGAUUAAGCCCAACACGGAAGGGAAUGACCCAAAUGCCAGUGUACAGCGACCUUAUGACUGCCACUUGAGUACAAAGGCACUGAAAGAUCUGGGAAUUGAUGUUUCAACCUGCGACUUCAAAGGAUGGUGGAGACGUGAGGUUCGCGCAUUUCGCAAGUAA